AUGGAGGUUGACAAGAAGAUUGCAGAGAGAAGGCUACGGGAACACCAAGGGGAUCCUGUCGCUGCUCUAAGGUCGAUUGGUGCUCAGCGCGCAGCCAACUGGAAGGCCACGGGGAUUGUCGCCCUCAGGGACGCGCAUCUGAAGGUGAGUGAUGGGGGAGGCAGUACUUUUCGUCCUUGUACUGGGCAUGCUAGCUCUAUCGCUCAGCGCGCAGCCAACUGGAAGGCCACGGGGAUUGUCGCCCUCAGGGACGCGCAUCUGAAGUCCAUCCCUGAUGCAGUCUUUGAAGCAGCGGGCUCGGCACGCACUCUAGACGCGUCCAAUAACAGAAUAGUUGAGAUCCCCGAAGCGAUCGGACGGCUGACAUCGCUGCAGCGGCUGGUACUCCCCACCAAUCGCAUCGAGCGCCUGCCUGCUUCCAUUGGCCUGCUUACAUCCCUCAAGGCUCUUCAGUUAGAGAGCAACCGAUUGACAGAGCUGCCAAACGAAAUUGGCUCGUUGUCUCGCUUGGAGCGUCUAUCCCUCGCCAGCAACAAGCUUCAGCACCUGCCAGACUCCAUUGGCCAGCUUACUGCUUUGGUCACUCUUGACGUUUCUUCCAACUGCCUCUCCAGCCUCCCACCAACCAUCGGCAGCUGCUCCAGCCUUCAAGAAAUCUCGCUACAAGACAACCGUAUUGCAGGUCUACCCCCUUCGGUGGUACAACUAUCCGACCUUCGCACUCUCGCCCUCGAUAAUAACCGACUCACUGACGUAUGUUAA